UAAGGUUUAAGUGUAUUUUAUAAGACUCAUUUGCUGCCGGUUCCGUGCCGCGGUCCCGGUCGCUGCUGGCGCACCCCGUUUCGGGCCGGACCUGGCCUGGCUUCAGCUUCGCACCUCGGGAUCAUUACGCGCUUCCGCUCAGCAGCUUAAUGAAACAUCACACAGUCGCCCGGAGCUCCGUCUCUCCGCCCCUCAGACGCUCCGCAGGUUCUGGCCGGUACAGCUCCGUAUCCGGCCGGGGCUGCCGAUCCUCCUGAACUGAUCCCGCAUAGUGAAAGCUGCUGGAAACUUCCGCCGUUUUCGUUUUUUUUUAUAUAUAUAUAUAUUCUUCCCCCAUCUUUCUCUCUCUCCCUUUCUUCCUCUUUUUUCCUCCCACUGGAAUGGCGUUCCUGGACAAGCCGUCGGUGGCGAAGCUCCGGCUCGACGACACGGUGCCGCUGACGGCCGUGAUCGAGGCGAGCCAGAGUCUGCAGUCGCACACGGAAUAUAUCAUUCGUGUUCAGAGGGGUGUUUCAUCAGAGAACAGUUGGCAGGUCAUAAGGCGAUAUAGCGACUUUGACAUGCUGAACAACAGCUUGUUGAUCUCUGGGAUCAACCUGCCUCUUCCGCCCAAGAAGUUGAUAGGAAACAUGGACAGGGAGUUUAUCGCUGAAAGGCAGAAGGGCCUGCAGGCCUACCUGAACUUCAUCACCUCGCACCACAUCCUUUCCAGCAGCGAGCUGGUCAAGAAAUUUCUGGACACUAAUAACUACUCUGCAAACUACACGGAAAUAGCUUUACAGCAGGUGUCCAUGUUCUUCAGAUCUGACCCAAAGUGGGAGGUAGUGGAGCCUUUGAAGGAUAUAGGCUGGCGGAUACGGAAGAGGUAUUUUCUAGUGAAAAACAAAGAACAGCCAAAGGAACGACAAGUCUUAAGCUGGGUUGACCUGGGUCCUGAUAAAUUCCUGUCAGACAAGGACCUUCAGUCUGCGAUGAAGCUCCUUCCCACAAUCUCGAACCCUUACAUCUUUCCUGUGACCUUCGCCAGCACCAGCGAGUCCUCCGCCCUGCUGAUCCGUGUCUUUAGUGAGAAAGGCACGUUGCGGGAUCACAUAUGUAAGGUGAAACCCAGAGAACCCUUCCUGAAGAAGUACUGUAACCCCAAGAAGAUCCAGGGCCUAGAGCUUCAGCAGAUCAGGACGUUCGGAAGGCAGAUACUGGAGGUCCUUAAAUUUCUUCAUGACAAAGGAAUCCCUUAUGGACAUCUCCACGCUUCCAACGUCCUGAUAGAAGACGACACGUGCAAACUCCUGGACAUAGAAAACUCGCUGCUCGGCCUUCCUUCCUACUACCGAUCUUACAUCACACAGUUCCGGAAAAUCAACACGACAGAGAGCAUCGACGUGUACUCAUUCGGGCACGUGCUGUACGAGAUGACAUACGGGAGGCCCCCCGACACGGUGCCCGUGGAUCACUUCCCUCCCGCUCCUUCACCAUCUGUGGUGUCCGUGCUGCACUCCAUCCUGUCUACGGAAGCUUGCAAGACCGGGAUGCCCACGGUUGGCCAACUCCUGCAGACGCCGUUGUUCAGUGACAUGCUGCUAAUGAACUCCGAGAAGCUCCAGUUCAAGAUUACGGCCAAAUUGAAGGACGCCUUGAAAAUCGCCAAAGAAAGCUUGGAAAAACGCUUACAGGAGGAACAGAAAGUGAUACAUCAGCACCGACGGCUGACCAGAGCCCAGUCACACCACGGGUCAGAGGAGGAGAAGAAGAAGAGGAAGAUCCUGGCCAGGAAGAAAUCCAGACAGUCGGCUUAUGAAAAUGAAGAAGACCUUUCUGCCAAAUACAACAACAAUUCUGGUUCGGGUGCCAGCUCACCUCUGACAUCACCUUCGUCCCCCACCCCUCCCCCAAUGACAGGAGCACCACCAGCACCACCACCACCACCUCCUCCUCCCCCAGCUCCACCUAAUGAGCCCGGCCGCACUCCCCCGCUGCCGGCCGUGAAUGGUACGGGCCGGGGUGCCCUGCUCAGCUCCAUCCAGACCUUUAGCAAGGGCAAGCUAAAGAGGGCUGAGAUCAAUGACCGCAGCAUCCCCAAAAUCUGAGGGGGGCCUCGUUCCCUUUGUGGCAUUUAUGCUUUAUUUUUUUUCCAUUUCAUUUUUUGUAAUAUUGAUUUCAUUUUUGUAGCCUUUUGAGACGUCCUUUUUCUUUGUUUAUGUCUGGCCACCGGGUCUGAGGAGUGCCGUCCGGUCAUAUGCAGAGCAUCUUGGGUACCGUGACUUGAGCUCCUGUCCUUAUUUUUUUUGCAGUACUUCCUGUCAUUGUAAGCCCCACCUGUGAAAUAAGGUCACAUUCAGGCAUUGUUAAUGGCAACCAAAAAACUUGUCAUUUGUCAUUUCUACCAUUUUACUUCGGACUAAUAUAUGCCACAGUUUUAUCAUUUAAAGAGCCCUUUUUCUUUUAGUUAAGUAUCAGAGGUUUACUGUUGUUUUAUAUGAUGCUGUAAGUCAUUCAGCAUUUACCUUGGUGCCUUUCAAAUAGUUGAUUAGUCCAGCAUUUCCAUGGUGCAUCUGAUGCACUGAACAUAAACCCCUAGUAGAACAGCAUUUCAAGCACUUCAUAUUACCUGUGAGGGAGAAAUGUCAACUUUGUCCUGAGACAGAUCCUGUCUCGCACAGGAAGGUGUUUCUGCCUGCCUGUUUGUGUUAGGAUUGCAGUGUUGAUGAUGAAUGUGUUUUGAACUGUUUUUUUUAAAAUAUAUAUAUAUAUAUAUAUCAUUCCUUUGGAGUGUCCUGCUAAUAAUAUUCCUGCCUUUCAACAUUUUCAAAUGUUGGAAUCCGGGAAGUUUAACAUUAUUAAUAUUAUCUUAAAAAAUACUUAAACCUUUUGUGCCCAUUUUUUUUAUCAUGGAUAACUGAUCAUUGUAAAAUGUUUAUAAAUGUAGAAACAUUUCAGAAUCUAAGAUUUUCAUACUCUCAAGCAGUCAUACUUGAUCUUCAGUGAAAUAACAAGUGGUAUGUAUAAUUAUUCAAAACUCUUGUGUAAAUGAUUUGGAGUUCUCUAGCCAUGCCAAAUCCACAUGCAGGUGUCUUCAGGGUGUCCUCUUUGCUGUGUGGAAUGUGUUCACAGUUUAAGGACACUUUGUGAAUGAAUGUGCUCUCAUGUUCUCCCUGGUUAUUCUUUCUUUGCUCAAACGCAUCGUUAAGGAGUUUCCCAACGCCUUCAUACUAUCAGAAGAGUCUGAGACACUUUUUGUCUCUUUCCACUCCCAAGUUCUCCAGGUAAUGUUUCCCAAUUUUGCUUGCCUGAGAAGCAUUGAGGAAACAACCUUUUUUGAAUUCCUUACAAGGGUUAGUGACAUGGAUACAGUAUAUUACAGCAAUCCAUUGUUCAUCUUCAGUAGGUAUACUGUCCGGUAUUUCUGUAUAUAUCAGUGUGUUCAUUUGCAGGUUCGUGAACACUUGUGAUUUGAAUUGCAUGAGACUACCCUGACGUGAUGUCUUUUCACAUUUUUUUUAAAGGGGUUGAAAGUAAAAUAGUUUGAGUACACAAACCUUCUGCACACAUAGGUGAGCUUGGUAAAAUGCUGGAAAAACCUCAGAGAGGAGAGUUGUGGACGAAGUAGAUGAACAUAGUGUGGUCAUCAUAAGUGGGUCAGCUGCCUUUGUGGAUGAGCAUGGUGGUCGUGGGCUCCAGACCCAACCUCCUGGUUCAGUGCUCGUGGCCGAUCUGUAGUUAUGUAGAAAGCGUUCAUUGGUUCGUGUGUUUUGUUUUUUUUUUUCUUGUAGGAGCCAUGUGUCCGCACUGAGCAUUCUAUAUUUAAUAUGGCUACCGUGAUGAUACUGGUUUACUUUAUGAAUGAAGAAUAAAUCAUAUUUCCUGCUUUAGAGUCCCCAAUUUAUAGACAAUCUCAUUCUCUCUAAAGUUUUAUUAUUAUACAUAUAUAUAUAUAUAUAUUUUUUUUUUUAAAAAAAAGGUCUUUAAAAAUGCCAAUGGGGAUAGAAUUGCACUUUAGUAUGGACUUCACAGACCUUUCCUGAUUCAGAUUUUGAUCUUUCAGUUUGUGGUUCAAAAUAUAAGAACUUUUUCUUUUUCAGGGGUUCACUUACUACCUGUUAUGCUUGUAGCUUAUUCUAACAUUUUUUUCUGCCUGAAUACAUGACCAUAAAUGUUGCUUUUGCCGUUUCCCGUUUCUGCAAUCUUAAUGUGCCGUUUUCUUUUUUAGCUCUGUAGCUAAACAGGUUUACCGCCUUGUCAGAAGUAUUGAAACAGAUUGGAUUAUCACAGAAGAUGGUGACAUUUGUAUAUAUGUUUAAAAUAAUGCUAUGUAACCUGUGAUCAAAAUUGUGACUAUUUUAUUAAAAUAAUGGAAGAAUACUCAA